GGACCAGGACCGGGACCGGGACGCGCAGGCACCGACGCACAGAUCCGUUGGCCGAGGAGCAGCGAGGGGAGCGCGGGUCGGUGAACGCGCCACGACAUCAACACAACGACCAGCAGUGUCGUCAUCCUCCACCCAGCUGAGGAGGAUGUGUCCCGUCGGCGGAGCGCGGAGCUCGGAGCGCGGGGGGAGGAGGAGAGUGUGACCGGGGCCGGAGUGGUUCGGCGCUCGGUCCGCUGCGCGCGCGUCUCUCCGUCUCCGCGCAGCCGACCGGCCGGCGCGCGUCCUCCUGCGCACCCACCUGCGGGGAGUGUGCGUCCGAGGCGUCGUCGCACCGCGGGAGCGGUCGGUCCUCCUUCCCUCCGCCGCCGCGGACCUCAGGGACCGGGAGGAGGACACGUGGAGGCCGGAGACCCGAGCGAGGUCCAGCGGUGAUGAGAACAACUCUCCCCCGGGUGGAUUUCGAGUGGGUUCGCUGCCAGGACGCAUCUGGAAAGGAUAACACGGAGAUCCACUCCCCCCUCGGAGGAGCAGGGGAGAAUUCACAUCUCAGACAUUGCAGGGUUUCUGUGGCUGCUGCCUGCUGGUCUGUCUUCUUCUUCUCUUCUUCUUCAUCACAGUGGCUCUUUAAAGAGCCUCUCCUGAGUGGCACGGUUCGGGUCCACGACCAGAUUGGAUUAAUCCUCCGCAGAUCAUUCGAUCCUUCAGGGUUUCUCCUCGCAGCUAUGCAGUGAGGAUGUGUGCGGCCAGGUUCAACGGCUGUGCCGAGGAGGCCGCCUCUGCCGGGGCCUCCUCCCCGUCAGGGGCCGCCACCGGCCCGGUCGUGGCCUCCAGGAUGAUGGACUGGACGGAGGCCGGCCCCCGCAUCCUCCGCAGCCUGGAGACGGGCACGGUGAUGACGGUCUUCUACGGGAAGAAGUCGCAGCGGCCCGAGAGGAGGACGUUCCAGAUCCGACAGGGCACGCGGCAGAUAGUGUGGAGCCGGAACCCCGACAAGGUGGAAGGAGACAUCGACAUACGGGAGAUCCGGGAGCUGCGGCUGGGGAAGGGCUCCCGUGAUUUCGAGCGCUACCCGGAGGAGGCCCGUAAACUGGACUCCGCCCACUGCUUCAUCGUGCUCUACGGCCUGGAGUUCCGCCUGCGGACGCUCAGCGUGGCUGCCUUCAGCGAGGAGGAGGUCAACAUGUGGGUCACGGGUCUCAACUGGCUGAUGGUCGACACCCAGAGAGCGCCGGCACCGCAGCAGAUCGACAGGUGGCUGAGGAAACAGUUCGAGGUCAUGGACCGGAGCCACGAUGGCAGCAUCACGGUGAAGGACGUGAAGGCUCUGCUGCCUCAGAUCAACUACAGAGUUCCCAACAUGCGUUUCCUCAAGGACAAGCUGCAGGAAGUGGAGGCGCGGAGCGACCUGUCCUACCCCAACUUCGCACAGCUCUACAGAACGCUGAUGUUUGACGCACAGAGGAGCAUUAUUGAGCAGCUGGAGCUCUCCUUCCCUCUGCGGAACGUGGACCGGCCGGAGCUCUGUCAGAUCUCCCUCUACGACUUCCAGAAGUUCCUACAGAUGGACCAGAAGGAGUCGUGGGCGUCCGAGCUGAGCCGCGUCCGAGAGUUUCUCAUGGCGUACACGAGGGGGGGGCCGCAGCCGGAGCCCAUGCUGCAACUGGACGAGUUCCUGACCUUCCUGUUCUCCAAAGAGAACUCGGUGUGCGACCCUCGACCUUCGCCCGUCGCCCACGACGACAUGAAGAGGCCGUUGUCUCAGUACUGGAUCUCGUCCUCGCACAACACCUACCUGACGGGCGACCAGUUCUCCAGUGAAUCCUCUCUGGAGGCCUACGCCCGCUGUCUGAGGAUGGGCUGCCGCUGCAUCGAGCUGGACUGCUGGGACGGACCCGACGACCUGCCCAUCAUCUACCACGGCCACACGCUGACCUCCAAGAUCAAGUUCCUGGACGUGCUGCACACCAUCAAAGAGCACGCCUUCGUCGCCUCCGAGUUCCCUGUGAUCCUGUCCAUCGAGGACCACUGCAGCGUGGUGCAGCAGAGGAACAUGGCCACGCACUUCAGGAAGGUGUUCGGAGACCUGCUGCUCACCAAGCCGGUGGAAAACGGGGAGGAGCUUCCCUCGCCGCACCAGCUCCGCAGGAAGAUCCUCAUCAAGCACAAAAAGCUGGUGGAGGGAACCCUGUACGAGGAGGUGACGUCCGCCAGCUACUCCGAAAACGACAUCAGCAACUCGCUGAAGAACGGCAUCCUUUACCUCGAAGACCCCAUCGACCACACAUGGACUCGGCAUUACUUCGUCCUGACCAGCAAUAAGAUCUACUACUCGGAGGAGACGUCUCACUACCAGACGGCCGAGGAAGAGGAGGACGAAGAGGGACAAGAGGAGUGCACCAACAACGAGCAGCACUGCGCCGAGCGCUGGUUCCACGGGAAGCUCGGCGGCGGCCGCGACGGGCGGCAGGUGGCGGAGAAGCUGCUGCAGGAGUACUGCGGCGAGGGCGGGGCCAAAGACGGCACCUUCCUGGUCAGAGAGAGCGAGACGUUCAUCGGAGACUUCACCCUCUCCUUCUGGCGCUCCGGUCGCGUGCAGCACUGCAGGAUUCACUCCCGCCAGGAGUCCGGCGCCACCCGCUUCUACCUGACGGACAACCUGGUGUUCGACAGCCUCUACCGCCUCAUCGGCCACUACAGGGACACGCCGCUGCGCUGCAACGAGUUCGAGAUGCGGCUGGGCGGCCCCGUGCCGCAGCCCAACGCCCACGAGAGCCGAGAGUGGUACCACUCCGGGCUGUCCCGCGUUCAGGCCGAGCACAUGCUGAUGCGCGUCCCCAGAGACGGAGCGUUCCUGGUGCGGAAACGGAGCGAACACAACUCCUACGCCAUCUCCUUCAGGGCGGAGGGUAAGAUCAAGCACUGUCGCAUCCAGCAGGAGGGUCGCCUCUUCAUGCUCGGCAGCUCCGCGGAGUUCGAGAGUCUGGUGGAUCUGGUGAGCUACUACGAGAAGCACCCGCUGUACCGCAAGAUGAGGCUCCGCUACCCGAUCAACGAGGACACGCUGGACCGCAUGGGCACCGCGGAGCUUGACUACGGCGCGCUGUACGAAGUCCGCACGCCUCACUUCUACGUGGAGGCCAACAAGAUGCCCAGCGCCCGGUGUACGGUCAAAGCUCUGUACGACUACCGGGCCCAGAGAGAGGACGAGCUGUGUUUCCCCAAACAGGCGCUGAUCCUCGGCGUGGACAAGCAGGAGGGCGGCUGGUGGCGAGGAGACUACGGAGGGAAGAAGCAGCUGUGGUUCCCCGCGAACUACGUGGAGGAGGUUCCCAGUUCUCCGACCAGAGAACCGGACGAAGUGUCCACAGAGAACAGUCCUCUGGGAACGUUCCUCAAGGGCUUCAUCGACGUUCCCACCUGCCACGUCGUGGUUCAUAAAGACGGGAAGAACUCCCGUCCCUUCGUCUUCACCAUCCACUCGCAGCACGUCUCCUCUCACCCGGUGCAGACGCUGGACGUGGCAGCGGACAGUCUGGAGGAUCUGACCUGCUGGGCCGGCAGGAUCAGGGAGGCGGCGCAGAACGCUGACGCUCGGAUGCAGGAGGAGAAACAGAUGGAGCGGAGGAAGAAGAUCGCGGUGGAGCUGUCGGAGCUGGUGGUUUACUGCCGACCCGUCCCCUUCAACGAAGACAAGAUCGGGACGGAGCGGGCGUGUUACCGGGACAUGUCGUCCUUCCCAGAGACGAAGGCGGAGAAGUUUGCGACGCGCGGCAGAGGGAAGCGCUUCCUGCGCUACAACCGCCGCCAGCUGUCCCGCGUCUACCCCCGAGGACAGAGGCUGGACUCGUCCAACUACGACCCGCUGCCCAUGUGGCUCUGCGGCUCCCAGCUGGUCGCGCUCAACUUCCAGACCCCAGACAAACCCAUGCAGCUGAACCAGGCCUUGUUCCUGCUCGGCGGCGGCAGCGGCUUCGUGCCGCAGCCCGACGCCGCGAGGGACGACGCCUUCGACCCGUUCGACAAGGACACGCUGCGAGUGGAGCCGAUCACCGUCCAGCUGCAGGUGCUGGGCGCCCGUCACCUGCCCAAAAACGGCCGCAGCAUCGUGUGUCCCUUCGUGGAGGUGGAGAUCUGUGGAGCCGAUUACGACGCCUGCAAGUGCAAGACGGACGUCGUGGCUGAUAACGGCCUGAAUCCCGUGUGGGUGCAGAGGCAGUUUGUGUUCGACAUCCACAACUCCACCUUCUCCUUCCUGCGCUUCACCGUCUACGAGGAGGACAUGUUCAGUGACCCCAACUUCCUGGCACAGGCGACCUUCCCCGUCCGCCUGCUCCGUACAGGCUACAGGAGCGUUCCUCUGAAGAACAGCUACAGCGAGGAGCUGGAGUUGGCGUCGCUUCUCGUCCACAUCGAGAUCGUCAACGCGAAGGAGGAAGACGACGAGAACUUGUACUCGUCCAUCCAGCUGCUGCGGGAUCGAACCAGCGAGCUGUCGAACCAGGUGUCCCUCCUGGAGCGGUCGGGCUCGUCCGACGUGGGCUACCAGCAGAGUGUGGAGGAGCUGCGGGCGGCUCAGGAUCAGCUGAGCGAGCUGGUGGAGGCGCGGAACCGCAGGCUGAUGGAGAAGAAGCGCAGGGAGAAGCUGAGGCAGCAGGUGGCAGCAAAGCGCAGUUGAUGCGCCCGUCCACCAGGGAGCGCUGCACUCACGCUCUACGGCAGCGAACUGCACACCGCACCUAACUGGAGGAUAAAAGAAAACGUGUUCCUUCACAAUGACGUGUUAGAUACCUUUUUUUAAAAGCAGCAAAGCUGCUGCUGACAAACAGAAUCAUCUCAUGGACUCAUUUUUUUCACCCAAAAACUUGAAAUAUGAAAUUAAUCAGACUAUUGGGAAAAUCAGGAUGAAAAAGGGAAAAGAAAACUCAGGUGACACUUAAGAGAGAGGGAAGAAAAGAAUCCUCUCUAAUAUCUGGAUGGAAAAAGGAUGUGAGCGUCAGGAAUGUGCCUUCUGACGACUCUUCUCUGUAACUGGAACAGUUUUUACUGGAAAACUGCAAACAAACCGGAGGAGGAAUCCGCUCGUCUGUCUCGGAACCAGUGCUCAUGAAAUGGCUUUAAAGGGAUUUCAAAGGCCGAUGACAUGAACCGUGAACCUUCCUCCUCGUGCACAAACUGGAGUGUGAACUGCGUCGAACAAAAACCUCGCCGAACACCAGAAGGUCUUGUUUGUUAACACUCCAUCGAAAGGGCUCGAAACUUUAUCUUAUGUUUCCUUCAAAGAGGCUCAGGAACAGCGAGCGAGGGGACGAGACGUCACCUGGACGUCACCUGGACGUCACCUGGACGUCACCUGGACGUCACCUGGAUGUCACCUGGAUGUCACCUGGACGUCACCUGGACGUCACCUGGACGUCACCUGGAUGUCACCUGGAUGUCACCUGCGCUGACGGACGGAGGUGUGUUCACGUGGUCCGGAGAACACGCGGCAAACGCAAAGGGCCACGACGGAACACGACGCUCCCUCUGCCUCUUUUCACACGCCCGCUCAAAUUUAGACGUCUGAACCUCACGAGCAGGACCAGCUGCUGCCGCCGCCGCCGCCGCCAUCGUGCCGCUGAUCAACGACUGUGGUUCAACCUGGUCCUGGAUCUGACAGGUCCAUUCGACCCACUGCAUGUUGGCUUCACAUUCCUCGGAUCUCGGAGUCGGAGGGGCGCUCCAGUUGCAGAUUUCUGACUUGGAGGUCGUAAUUCCAAGUUCUGAGAUUAUACUGUAACGGUAAAUCCGAGUUCGGAGCUCCGAGUUCCGAGGUAUAAUGGAACGCAGGGUAAUGCCAUUCCAAGUCGGAAGUCAAUAAUUCCGUGUCGGUUCGUCCGAUCUCACCCUGCGUUCCAUUAUACCUCGGAACGCAGGUUCACCGCUAUAAUCUCAGAACUCGAAAAUCUAAGACCUCUGUGUUGGAAAUUGCAACUGUACAGAAGAGUAUUAGGGCCAGGCAUGAGGAAAAACAUUUAGUUUAACAUUUCGAGAAUAAAGUCGAAAUGUCGAGAUUAAAGUUGAAAUGUUCCUAAACGUCUGUGUUGUGGCACCAGUUCAGCUUUCACACAUCCACGUUAACCAACGUUAGCGAAGCUACGUUAGCGAAGAUGACAGAACAUACUAGAAGAAAACAAUAAUGGACUUCAGAUUGAAGAUGCUGUAACUUUAUGUAGAAAUUAAUAUUGUGUUCUGGGAGCUCCCUCCCUCUUCUAUGCAGAGCUCCGCUCGGCCUGUAGCCGACGUGUGUUGAGCAAUUUGACUCAAGUUGUGUUUUCUAUCCGUUUCCGUCUUUGCCAACUGUCCAGAAUUAUUACUCUGCUUCCAGUUUCCAUUUAAUAAAGCUCUUUCAUGUA